AUGACAAAAAGGGUGCACCCAGUGCUUGCAGUUCUGAUCAUUGUGGAGUCUAGUGCGGGUCAUAAUUUUUACUUCUUCCAAACCGAAACCGAUUUCGCUGCCGUCUUCGACUUCUUGCCAUCGAUGUUGGAGCGUCUCCUGCAAUCAUGUGGUCUAAUUCUACGGUGUCUUGAAAUCCUUCUCUCCCAUGUUGACUUAUGCCUAAGGCACACGCUUCUCUUCCUCAGAGAAUUGGGGUUGGAGAAGCUUAAUUUGCCUACCUCCCUCAAUGCUCAUUUGCUGAACACUCCCGUCGAUAAACUUGAAGCGAAGAUUAAAUUUUUGCAGAGCUUAGGGUUUUCCCGUGAGGAAGCUUCCAGGGCCUGUUCUUGUCUGCUUGCAAUUUUUGGGUACAGUAUCGAGAAUAAUAUGAGGCCCAAGUUCAAGUAUUUGGUGAAAGAGAUGGAGAGAGAUAUCCAAGAACUAAAGGAGUUCCUGCAGUAUUUUGCCUUCAGCCUAGAGAAAAGAAUUGCGCCGAGGCAUUUGCAUUUGAAGGAGAGGAACGUUCAAAUAUCAUUGCAGAGGAUGCUAUUAUGGAGUGACGAAAAAUUUUACACCAAAUGGAAGUGA